AUGUACCGCAGCUCUUCAAGCACAGCCCAGGAUUGGGGUUCAGUUGAUGAUUCCGAAGUGGUGGAGCUGUUAGACACAUUAGGUUCCAAGAAUAAAGUUGCAAAUGAUCUAAAUGCGGCUACUUCCAAUUCUAGUGGCGGCAGUCCUGUGGUUCUAACCGACAAAGAUGAGGAUUCUUCCCCAAUUGUUGACGUUCCAUCUUCACAAAUAGAUAAUGAAGAAAGCAACAAUCCAGCCAUAACCUCCUCAGAUACAAUAUCUGAGACAUGGCAUUCGAUGAGUAAUGCUCAGUCUCAGGCAAUGAGUUCUACCGCAAACGGUUACGACUUUCAUCUUAGCAGUUCAGAUCGGCUAAUUCCUACUGUUAAAGAUGCAGCAUCGGAUAAUCAUUCGGGAAUAUUGAUACAUCCCACUUCCAGCAAUGCAGAAGAUCCGUUUUUGCCCACGCAAAAGGACUUGCAACCUCCAUCUCAGUCCAUUGAAUUGAAUAUCAAUUCAAGCCCAAAGAAAGACAACAGUGAAGAUUUGGCAUUUCCAGUAUUGACAAGUCCGUCUCACGAACCAAGCUCCCCGUUUCUGUCCAAUACUUCCAAACAACCUACCUCCAGUUCGGUUGGCUUCAAUACACUGGAUGAACAAGAAGUAUUCGAAGAGUUGGAGGAGGCCAAAGCUCAAAAUGGAUCUCAGAAAGAGCACGUAGAGCUCAAAAAGUUUACUUCACCACCUACAGAAAGCAACAGCUCUGUUAAGGCAGCUGAGUUCAAGUCUGUGUUAAAGGAUGUGGAUAGAAUACCAUCACCGCCUCCGAUUGGUGAUGAUAAGAGUCAGCAGGUUGAAGAAGAGCUUGAAUUUGGAGAUUAUGCGACGUAUUUCCACAAUAAGCAUAUUAAACAGCAAGAGCAAGAUCAAGACUUCGUUGAUUUUGCCAAGAGAGCUCAGAAUAAGGUGUGUCCGCCCAUUUUUAAAGGAUGUGUCAUAUACGUAAACGGUAAAACGUCUCCGGACAUAGCCCAGCUUCAUAAACUGAUCAUAUUGCAUGGUGGUAAGUUUUUGGCAUAUUUAGGAGCCAAAGGUAAUGCCACGCAUAUUAUUGCCGAGGUUUUGACACCAAGAAAACGGAUUGAGUUUAGAAACUACAAGGUUGUGCGGCCGGCAUGGAUAUUGGACAGUAUUGAGGCUGGAAAGAUUCUUCCCUGGAGCAAUUAUAUGUUGAUCAACAACGACUAUGGGCAGAAACGGCUCAAUUUCUGGACUUCCGGAAAUGGCAAUGCUUUGGAAUUGCAGCAAAAGAAAGGUCAGGAUGAAGAUAAGCAGGAUGAAGAUAAGGAUGACCCUGCAUUUCAGAUAUCGCAGAUAUCCGAGUAUACCGACCCGGAACCAGCUCUGGAUGAGAAAGAGCAGCAGGAUGAUGAGAUGAUGGAAGGUGUUGCUGGCCACGCUCAGAAAUACAAACAGUUAACAGCAAAGGAUCCGGGUUUCCUUGAUAAUUUCUUUGCCAAGUCAAGACUUCAUCAUCUCAGCACUUGGAAGAUGGAUCUUCGGUCGAAAUUCUUGCAAAGAGCAAUUCAGACACUUCAGAAGCGGCACACAAGGUCUAAUUUACCACCCAAUACACAUAAAGUCAUCAUUCAUGUGGAUUUUGACUGCUUUUUUGCAACCGUGUCUGCCUUGAAACACAAUCCACCAAUUGACAUUCACAAGUAUCCAAUUUGCGUGACACACGGCAGCAAUGGGUCCGAUAUUGCCUCCUGUAAUUACAUAGCACGUGCACAGGGAUGCAGAAAUGGAAUGUGGUUGGGAAAGGCUAAGAAACUCUGUCCGGAUCUCAUGUGUUUGGAUUAUAACUUUGAGGCAUAUGAGCAGAUUUCGCGGAUGUUUUAUGACACCAUACUACAGUAUGAUGUGGACUCGAUCUUGCCCGUGAGUGUAGAUGAAGCUUUGCUGGAUGUCAGCAGCUUGUGUGUCAAGGAGAAUGCUGAAGUGUUGAUGAAAGACAUCAGGUUGAAAGUAUUUUCCAAAACUGGGUGCUCUGUGAGUUGUGGGUGUGGUCCGAAUGUUCUUUUGGCAAAGCUGUGUCUAAAAAAGGCAAAGCCCGAUGGGCAAUUCAAAGUUGAUCCCGAGCAUAUUCAGGAUUUUAUAGAUGGAGUCAAGUUUCAGGAUCUACCGGGGAUGGGGUACCGCAUCACCGAAAAACUGGAAAGUGGACUGGGAAAGGAGAAUAUCUCAGUGGGGCAGUUGAAGGCAGUUUCAAAAGAAAGACUAACUGCGAUGUUUGGAAUGAAGACUGGAACCACUAUUUAUGAAUAUGUCCGUGGUGUAGAUCACACAUCAAUCGAUAUUCUGUCGGAUCGGGCCAAGUUUGUUCGCAAAUCACUAUCAAUAAACAUCAACUGGGGUGUUAGAUUCGAUGAAAGUGUCGAAGUUGAGCAGUUCCUCGAACGGUUGUCCAAAGUUAUGAAUAAGAGACUGGAAGAUGCCUGUAUGAUAGGUGGGUCUGUCAGUUUGAAGUUGGCUUUAAGACAUCCGAAAGCUCCUGUUGAUCCUGCAAAGUUUUUGGGCAUGGGAAGAUGCAUUUUUGUGUCUAAAGCAUCGGCAUUUGGCAGCAAAACGAGGAACUCUGGUUUGAUCAGUGGUGAAUUGAAGUACUUGUGGCGAGUUUUGGGAGCUGAGCCAAAGGAGUUGCGAGGUAUUGCAAUAACUAUGGGCAAACUAUCUUCAGAUGAUGGCACAACCAGUAAGGGCAGCCAGAGCAAGCUUGUAUUGCCCAAUUCAGAUGAAAAGCGUGUCUCUGGAGCUUUGAAAAGAAAGCAGAAUGAUUUGGAAUUGACGCAUGCUCAGAAGAAAGUAAAGAGUGCAGAUUUGUUUUCUUCCAAUGUUCCAUCUUCUCCUUUGAAAAGUGCAAUUCCAACUGGUGAAGACGAACCACUCAUAGUGAAGCAAUUACGGCUUUCGCCCAAAAAGAAGAACAGAAAGCGGAAUAUAGCAUUUCAGCCUGUGCAAAUAACCCGGGACGAGAUAAACUGGGACGUGUUUGGAGAAUUGCCGAUGAGUAUUCAGCAAGAAAUAAAGCAGGAGUUAAGACGGCGAGAUUUAGCUGCCAGCCCCAAGAAGAAGAAGAAGGUGAGUGAUGUUAUUCGUGUUAAAGGCAGACUGCUUUUUAAAAGUGAACUUUCAACAAAAUAUGGUGGUAUUACUCGUGGUAAUCAGCCACAGAAAGUCGUCAUCACGCAAAAGUUGAUUGAUUCUCAUGCCAUUUUGAGGUUUCAGGGAAUACCGAUAAGUGAGUUCGACACGAUCAAGAAGAAGCUUCUGGAAUGGAUAGAUACAUCGAUUAAUGAUAAGGAGGGGCCAUUUGAUGAGGAUGUGGGUAUGUUCAGCGAUCUCAUGUUCAAGUUGAUUGAAAUUGGUGAAAUCCUCAAGUUUUUGAGUAUUCUGGAUGUCAUGAAGGUCCGAUUACAGGACAGAAGUGAUAAACCUGGAUACGCAAAGUGGGAGACUGUUCUUGCCGAAUUCAAGGCGAUAUUGAAAGAUACAAAUACGGAUAAAAUGUUUCAGUAUGGCUUCUAG